AUGGGUGAUUAUGGUUAUAAUAGUUUGCAAAAUACAAAUUGCACUCCUGUACAGUUACCAGACACAGCGAAUUCAGAAAAUGAAGCUAAUCAAAAGCAGUAUCAUACUUUAUUACCUCCAUUGCAAACACCUUCUGGAUCUAGCAAUAAUAACUGUCAAAUUUUAAGUCAUUGUAUAAAUAACACAGCUAAUAUUAAUAAUAACUGUGUUGGCGAAAAUUCAUUUACACAUUUACCAACACCUUCUGGAUCGAGUAAUCAACAAAAUUUUAGUAUAAUUAACACAGCCUAUAAUAAUAAUUACUCCGUUGACAGAACAUCUUUGAACCCUUUAAAUUCUGACGAAAGUUCAAUUAUACAAAAACAGGACUCGCGACUUUUAAAAUUACUUAAGCAACAUCCACAUGGAUUGAAUGUCCUUAAUUAUUACAAUUUAAAUAAAACAUUAAACAAAUCUACCCGCAACUUGCUCGGGCGUUUAGUCCUCUAUAAAGAGCAUGAGGGAAAGCCGACAGUUGAGUGUCUUCCAGCAUCGCGUGAGGUUGAGGGCACUUAUUAUACACCACACUCUGGCGCAAGUGGAGGAGCAGCAGUUCAAUGCGCGCGUGGAUUAUUGCUUGCAUGUAAUAGUUAUAUGCGUUCACAGCAUCUUAAAAAACAAAAGACUGCCAAACCAACUAUUUUUCCGCGAAUCGCUUUAGAAGAGCCGACCAAUGUUAUUUCAGAGAGUUACCAAUUUAUUCAAAAAUACAUAGAGCCUUGGGAAAGUGUUGUAUAUCAUUGGAAAAAUAGUUACGUGGAAAGGCAAAAAGAGGCCGAAUUAAUAAAAUCUUCAAUAGGUGAUUAUUUUAAGAAGUUUCCAUGUUUGAAACAAACUAAAGGAUAUGCAUUGCUUGAACAUGAUUUCAACUUGAAAUUUCCCGGGAAAAAAGAUGCUUUUAAUGAAAAUUGGCCCGCAGUUCGAAAACAGCUAAUAUAUUUAUUUAACGGCCCCAGAAAACCGGUGGAGCCGGAGCUUCAAGCUUUAGCAUUAGGAUUACCAUUCCUUAAAGAGGAUUCUUUGGAUUUAGCAAUUUUUUUGCUUCUAUCAGCGGCUUUUCCAAAGCCUAAGUUUAUUACAAAUAAAACCGACGUAAGCAGUUCAAAAAGUAAAAAAAAAAUUAAAAGAGACAAAUCUGAAAAUAUUAAAGGAUGGAACCCUUCGAAACCUGAAGCGCGUGGAGGAUUCAUUUUUAAUGUUAAGGCUGCUAAUAAUGUUUUAACAAGUUUAAGUCAAUUGCAAAACACUUUAGCAACUUACAAACUACCCCUUCAACCAAGGCCAGUAAUCGUUGGAUGUGUAGAAAACAUCAUUUCAUCGCAUAUUUAUAUUAACGAAAUACUAUAUGAUUUGGAAUCAAGUGUCCGAAGCGUAGAGGCUGCAUUUAAAACAUACUACGCUUUAAACGCACAAUACCCUCCGGAAGCAAAAUCAGCCUGGCUCUUUAUCGAACAGGCAGUUUUCAAACUAGACAUCCAACAGGAGCAACCAAUUCCAAUGUCGGUAACAACUCUAUUUCUUGAAAUGUCAUUUAUAUGCAAAUGUUCCAAAGUGUUUAGCAUUGAUGUCGCUUUCAGUAAACAUAUUAUUUACGAACAUGGGCUGGAUGAUCCAAUGCAAUCAUAUCAAUGUUUGGGAUCUUGUACACGAAAGUAUGAUUGCAUUAAAAGUUUUCGGAAACAUUUAAGAAAUAUUCAUUUUUAUCAACCUAGGCAUCACAAACCUAGUAGUAAAAAGCAAAUUAAUAAAAAAAGUAUUGUAGAAGAAUUUCAAGAUUAUGAUCAUGAAGCUGACGAAAAUAAUACUACUGAAAGUGACAAAAAUAAUGAUGGGAACGAAGAAUUUUUUUUUAAUUUUAAUUUGAAUGAUCAAAAUUUAGUUUAUAUUGAUAAGUCCAUUUAUAAAAAUUAUAUGAAAAAAAAUUAUGAAAUCUGUGAAAAGUUGGAUGAAUUAUUUCAACCGAAUUUAACUGAAUUUAAUAUAAAGCAAGACGCUUAUGAUUUAACUUCAAAGUGGUACGCAAAUAAAAACAUUUCACGUAAAGAAAUUCAAUUCAUUAUUAAUGACGUCAGUACAUUUUAUCAAAGAUCGUUGGAUUCCAUAGCGGAUAAAACCAUUAGUAUUUUAAUUGACAAUAACGUCUCUGAUAGUGUAUCGUCUGAUGUAAUUAAUUUGUUUUCCCAAAUUAACAAGCCUUUCGAUGACCUUAGUUCUGAAUAUUUAAGAUUCAAGCAAUAUAAAGAGCAAGGCACUCUGAUUCAGCCAGAGUGUAUAUUGCUUGGGUCAAUUCCUAGUACCAAAACAGUAAAUGGAGUGACAAAAAUAUGUUCUCAAGAAGUAUUUACACAAUUUAUUCCGAUGCGCAAAGUUUUAAAAGCAUUUUUUGAACUACCCACUAUUCUGGAAAGAACUCUCCUUUACAUGGAUUUAGUAAAAUCUGAUACUGAUACUAUAUCUAAUUUUACUCAGGGUACUUUAUGGUCUAAAAUACUAUCUCAGUAUCAUGCCGAUGAUGUUGUUCUACCAUUAUUUCUUUAUUUUGACGAUUUUGAAACUAAUAAUUGUCUAGGGAGUCAUGCUGGUGAUGGCGGAAAAAUCGGUGCUGUAUAUAUUUCCCUUCCUUGUUUGCCUCCAGAAUUAUAUAGUAAAUUAGAUAAUAUUUUUUUAUUCCAGUAUUUUACUUCUUUGCAUAGACAAAUUUUUGGAAAUCAAAGAAUAUUUCAAAAGAUAAUUGAUGAAUUAAAUUAUUUAGCUAUUCAAGGAAUCGAAGUUGAAGUUGAUAACGAAAAGAAACGUAUCUUUUUUUGUUUGGGUUUAGUUUUAGGUGACAAUUUGGGCUUAAACUCUAUUCUUGGUUUUAAUGAAUCGUUCAAUAGUUCUUAUUGGUGCCGAUGUUGCAUCAUGGAUAAAAAAUGUUCUUUUACCGCUACUACAGAAUUACCUGAUUUAAUAAGAACAAAAGAAAGUUAUGACUCAAUAAUAGAAUCACUUGAUGAACCUAAAAAAGAAAAUUUCGGUGUUAAAGAAAAAUGUGUUUGGAAUGAAGUUAAACAUUUUCAUGUAGCUGUUAAUUUUAGCGUCGACGUAAUGCACGACUUAUUGGAGGGUAUUUGCAAAUACGAAUUAGCUGAAAUAUUAAAUUAUUAUAUUUACGUGAAAAAAGUUAUAGAUGAAGAGAUUUUAAACAACCGGAUCGACGCUUUUUCUUUUAAUCGUAGCGAGCGUAAAAAUAAACCACCGGAAAUAAUUCCUUCAAAUAUAAAAAAAUUGCAUCUUAAAUUAUCUGCGUCUGAAACUCUGUGCUUCAUGAGGCAUUUUGGUUUAUUUAUAGGUGAUUUAAUUCCGGAAGAUGAUGAAUUUUGGUCUCUUUAUUUAUCUCUCAAUGAAAUAUUAAAUAUACUUCAAGCUAAAUCUUUUCAUUAUAAAUGUCCUGAUUUACUACGAACACUUAUUGCAGAUCAUUUAGGUCUUUACCAGCGUGUUAUUAAAAAAAAAUCAAAAACCAAAACACCAUCAUUUACUCCAUUAUGCGCUUGUAAUGGAAUUGGCUGGCCCGGUUAUACAUUUUUCUUCGAUGAGGGGAGAAAGUUUUCACAGAAAUGCAAAAAUUCGUGCUCAAUCAACUUCUUCGAGAAAAAAUAUAUGUCAUACACUAGCAAUAAAAAAUCAGUUAACGCUACACCAUAA